GAGAAGAAAACUGAAGUGGUGGGUAAAUCUUGCAGCUAAGCUUGCUUAUACCAAUAUCACUAGUGCAUGACUCAACACACUCUGACACUCUCUCUCUUCUUCUUCCUCUUUAGAUUCUCUCUUCAUUUCUCUCCCUUUCUCUUCUUACCUCAUUCCUUAUUAGGUUUUUAAGCAUUUUCUCUCUCGUUGUAUGUCUACUUUUCCAGGAAACAAACAGAAAAACAAAGAAAAAUCCCCUUUCAAUUUGUGACUUUGGGACACUAAAUCUUUGGACAUUUGACAAACAAGGAUCAACAGAAUCAAAGAAAUCAAGAGACCUUAAACCUCUGCUUUUUGUUAAAGAAGAAGAUGGAGAGAUCUAGAUCUAAGAGAAAUUAUUACUAUGACCAUCAGGACUAUGAAAACGAGACAGGCAUGGUUGGUGGUGGUGGUAGGACUAAACCCAGAUAUAAUAACCACCACUAUGCUACCAAUACUCAUCGUCACCACCGUGGCAGUAGCGCUACUGCCAUCAAUAACAACCGUGCAUCAAAGCCACAACAGGACCAAUCUUUGAUGGUAACCACUACCUACCGUAUUCUGUGUCAUGACAUCAAAGCUGGUGGAGUAAUCGGUAAGUCUGGGAGUAUAAUCAAGUCUAUUAGACAACAUACCGGCGCGUGGAUCAACGUGCACGAACUGAUUCCCGGAGAUGAAGAGCGAAUCAUUGAGAUAUCUGAUACACGGCGGCGGGACCCAGAAGGCAGAAUGCCUGCGUUCUCGCCAGCGCAGGAGGCGCUUUUCUUGAUACAUGAUAGGAUUCUUGAGAGUGAUGCUCAAUUUGCCAUGAAUGGCGGUGGGUAUGGAAAUGAAGAGGAGGAUUAUGGUGGUGGCGGAAGAGGAAAUAGAGUGGCUACAAGGUUGGUGGUAUCAAGAAUGCAUGUAGGCUGUUUGUUGGGGAAAGGAGGGAAGAUAAUUGAGCAAAUGAGGAUUGAAACAAAGACCCAGAUUAGGAUUUUGCCUAGAGACCAUACUUUGCCACGCUGCGUUUCAAUGUCUGAGGAGAUUGUUCAGGUUGUAGGUGAUGUGAACGCAGUGAAAAAUGCUAUAGCAAUUAUUUCGUCUCGCUUGCGGGAAAGUCAGCAUCGUGACCGAAGUCAUGGAAAUUUCCACGGUCGUGUACACUCACCUGAACGAUUUUUUGCUGAUGAUGAUUACAUUCCUCACAUGAAUAAUACAGGACGCCGUUCAUCUGUAGAUGGGCCUUCAUUUGGAUCAAGAUUAUCUACAUCCAAUUAUAGAAGCAGUAACUAUUCCUCACAACAAUCUGGUUAUUUAGUUGAAGCUGGGACUGCCAUGGCUGAUAAUGCACAACCCUUUUAUGGUGAGGACCUUGUGUUCAGAAUUCUUUGCCCUAUUGACAAGGUUAACAAAGUAAUUGGGGAGUCAGAUGGCAUAGUAGAUUUGCUUCAGAAUGAAAUUGGAGUGGAUGUAAAGGUUUCUGAUCCUGUAUCUGGGUCAGAUGAGCAAGUCAUUAUCAUCUCAUCUGAGGAGGGCCCUGAUGAUGAGCUCUUUCCUGCUCAAGAGGCUUUGUUGCAUAUUCAAACUCGUAUUGUCGAUCUCGUUCCAGAUAAAGACAAUAUAAUAAAAACCAAGUUAAUUAUCUCAUCUAGUGAAAUUGGAUGUUUUGAGGGAAGAGAUGGAUCAUUAUCUGAGAUGGAGAGAUCAACUGGUGCAAACAUACAGAUCCUGCCAAGGGAAAAACUCCCUGCUUGUGUAUCUGAUGCUGAUGAGCUUGUACAGAUUGAAGGGGAAAUAAAGGCAGCUCGAGAUGCUCUAGUUGAAGUGACAUUAAGGCUAAGGAGUUAUUUAUACAAAGAAUUCUUUCAAAAAGAUAAUCCACUGCCUAUUUCUGAGUCAGGCAACGCUGGGAAUGCUUUAGGAACAGAGACAUCUUCUCCAAAUAACGUAACCCCAGGUCGUGACAGUUAUAGUGGUGCUGAACCUUCUGCUGCAACUUAUUCAAAUGUGCAGUCUUCAGCUGCAGUACAACAACCAAAGGAUGCUGGAGGAUCGAGCACUGACAAACUGAAGCAAAAUGAAAGUGAACGCCGUGAAGAGGUGCCCGCCACAAUAACUAGAAUCCCCAAACCUCUUGUUACAAGGAGUACACUUGAAAUUGUUAUACCAGAGCAUGCAGUUCCAAAGCUUGUAACAAAAUCAAAAAACAAGCUUGCACAGAUAAGUGAGUUAUCUGGAGCCAAUGUAACCCUUCUAGAAGAUAGACCAGGGGAGACAGAAAACAUCAUUCAAAUAUCAGGUACUCCAGAACAAGCAGAGAGAGCUCAAAGCUUGCUUCAGGGUUUCAUUUUGAGUACCCAAGAAGAUGGACCUUGAGAUAGUAUGUAAAGCUUUCAAACAAGGAGUUGAGUUGGCUAAAGAUGGGAAGAGCCUCUUGUGUUCGUCCAGAAUCUAAUUUCCUAGAUUGAUAACCCUGGAGGGGGAGAUUGAUAUCUUUUGCGCGUCUGUUGUUCUUAUAUGAGUUUUUUAAAACAAGAGUUCCAAUGUAAAUAGAACUUGGAGGGCUCUGCAUUUGUUUCAAUACAAUGCAAUGGUUCAAUUUUCCUGUAUCAAUAUUAGAUUUUGCGGUUGUUGUUAACUUUUACGUUUCCUUGAACUACUUUAUGUAAACCUUUUGACAUGUUUUGUUGUUAGCCUAAUUGUUUUUUUUCAUGCUACAAAGGAACUGCUGUAUUUUUCGAAAAGGCUACAAAUGGAACUUCCCUUAGAGCCUUC